AUGGCCGCCUUCACCACCGGGUCGGCGGCCUUCGUCGGGCUCGCCGUCGUGCUCUGUGCCCUCGCCGGCGCGGCGAACGCGCAGCAGCUCUCGCCCAGCUUCUACUCCACGUCGUGUCCCAACCUGGCGUCCAUCGUGCGGGCGGGGAUGACCUCCGCCGUGCAGACGGAGAGGCGGAUGGGCGCCUCCAUCCUUCGCCUCUUCUUCCACGACUGCUUCGUCAAUGGGUGUGACGGCUCGAUUCUGCUUGACGACACGUCGACGUUCACCGGCGAGAAGAACGCCGGGCCGAACGCCAACUCGGCCCGCGGCUUCGAGGUGAUCGACGCCAUCAAGACUCAGGUGGAGGCUGCGUGCAGGGCCACCGUCUCCUGCGCCGACAUCCUCGCGCUCGCCGCCCGUGACGGAGUCAACCUGCUGGGAGGCCCGAACUGGAGCGUGCCGCUGGGGCGCAAGGACGCGCGCACGGCGAGCCAGAGCGCGGCCAACGCGAACCUCCCGGGGCCCGGCUCCAGCCUCGCCACGCUCAUCGCCAUGUUCGGCAACAAGAACCUGUCGCCGCGGGACAUGACGGCGCUCUCCGGCGCGCACACCGUCGGGCGGGCGCAGUGCCAGUUCUUCCGCAGCCGCAUCUACAACGAGACCAACAUCAACGCCAGCUUCGCGGCGCUGCGGCAGGGGACGUGCCCGCGGUCCGGCGGCGACACCAACCUCGCGCCCUUCGACGUGCAGACCGCCGACGGGUUCGACAACGCCUACUACCAGAACCUGGUCGGGCAGCGCGGCCUCCUGCACUCGGACCAGGAGCUCUUCAACGGCGGGUCGCAGGACGCGCUGGUGCAGCAGUACAGCAGCAGCCCCAGCCAGUUCUCCGCCGACUUCGUCACGGCCAUGCUCAAGAUGGGCGGCCUGCUGCCGUCCUCCGGGACGCAGACGGAGAGGACCGGGAUGGGAUUCUUGUUGGCCGCCAGGAGCUACGUCGCUGCUGCUGCCCUCCUCUGUGUGGUUCUUCCAUGCCACGCGAAGCUCUCGCCCAGGUUCUACGCCAGGACGUGCCCCAACGUGGAGGCCAUCGUGCGGUCGGUGAUGGCGCCGGCCGUCGCCGCGGAGCCGCGGAUGGGCGCGUCCAUCAUUCGGCUCUUCUUCCACGACUGCUUCGUCAACGGAUGUGACGCGUCGAUCCUCCUGGACGACACGCCGGCCUUCACCGGCGAGAAGAACGCCGGCGCGAACGCCAACUCCGUCCGCGGGUACGAGGUGAUCGACGCCAUCAAGGCGCGCGUCGAGGCGGCCUGCAAGGCCACCGUCUCCUGCGCCGACAUCGUCGCGCUGGCAGCUCGCGACGCCGUCAACCUGGAGCUGUUCAACGGCGGGUCGCAGGACGCGCUGGUGAGGAAGUACAGCGGCAACGGCAAGAUAUUCGCCGGCGACUUCGCCAAGGCCAUGGUCAAGAUGGGGGGGCUCCUGCCGGCCGCCGGGACGCCCACGGAGGCCCUCCGUGAUCAAUGCCCCCUCCGGCGGGGCUCCGGAAAAGGCCCCAAGAUGGGAUCUCUCGGGUACAGAAGGAAGAAGUACGUCGGUGGACCAAUGAGGGGCCCACGAGGGUGGAGGGUGCGCCCAGGGAAGGAGGAAGAAGUACGUCGGUGGAGCAACAAGGGGCCCACGAGGGUGGAGGGUGCGCCCAGGGAAGGGUUGGCCUGGCCAGCGGUGGGAGUAGUAUGGGGGCGGUGA